UGCCACUGUCUCUGCGAUCCUGCGCUCCUCCACCGGCUUCACUCCUCUCUCCUCUCACUGAUCGUCCCUCUCGGUGUUUCCGCGGAGGGGCUGCACGCGCGAUUGCGCUAUUGAUACCCACUUUACAGCGUGUCUGUGGAAAGUCAGGCUCUCUCUCUCCCUCUCCCUCCCUCUCUCUCGCUCUCUGUCCCUCUCUCUCUCCCUCUCUCGCUUUCUCCGUCCUUCUCUCUGGCUGCGCUUUGGUAAACUAACAGGGAGGUGUUAACUACUUUUGCUUCUCCAAAGCGCCUCCCGUUAUCUCCGGUGCUGCUGCGCAAGAGCCAGAAGGGCCAGUGCUACUGAUAUUCCUACUCUGCAGAGAAAAAAAAGUUUUCGGUUUGUUGUGAGGAUAAAAAAACAACAUCGAAAAAAGAAAAAAAAAACUGAAGAAGCCGGAAACCGAGGAGUCGUCUGCAUUUGAAGCGGAUUCUGCGGUGAGGGAGUUUCUCCUUUGAUGUUGGCCGGUAGUCAGCGCAGCUUUGAAGCUCGUCUAGAGCAGGCCGCGCCGCUACUGGAUACUGUCUAAAGACGACGUGAAGAUGAGGAACCAGCUGUGACGACCUACAGAUGUCCACCCUCCACGAACCGUUCGGCUUUGGCAACACAUCCGGCGAUCACAAACACAGGAGGCCUAUUAUUGAGGACAAACUUCAUCUAGACUAUAUAUUGUGUUCAUCAUCAGGACUGAACUGGUCCAGAGUGCUACGUGUGUGAAUGACUGAACAUACCCAACAGCGCUUACCUGAUAUGGAAUGAUCAGAACUGAACUGAGCUGAGAUCUUUAGUUCCACUGACGAGAAAUGAACUGAACUCAAGCCAACCAGAACUGACUUAAAAUUAAUUUACUUUAAAAUACUCUCAUUUCUUACUAAGGGCUCUUUUUUUUCGCCCCUUCUGUCAAGAAAAGCCAAAAAUCCUUCAAGUCUUCUGCCCAGAUUCUUUCACUUCCUCACGCCCUCUCCAAGGGUCUUGGGCAUUGUCUUUAAUCUCACUGAGGAGGAAUCAUCUCCUCCUCCUAAAAUCUUUACAACCACUUUCGUCCAUUCCAGACAUGGACCUCCACCGGGCAGCCUUCAAGAUGGAGAGCUCCUCCUAUCUGCCCAACCCCCUGGCCUCUCCAGCCCUCAUGGUCCUGGCUUCCACUGCUGAAGCUUCUCGUGAUGCCUCAAUCCCGUGCCAGCAGCCACGUCCAUUCGGUGUCCCAGUUUCCGUCGAGAAAGACGUGCAUUUGCCAUUUAACAAUGGCUCUUACACUUUUGCGUCAAUGUACCACCGCCAAGGUGCAGUCCCACCAGGAUUCCCCAACAGGGACUUUCCUCCAUCCCUCCUGCACCUCCAUCAUCAGUUUGCCCCACCCAACCUGGACUGCUCGCCCAUCAGCAUGCUGAAUCACAGCGGCGUCGGUGCCUUCAGGCCGUUUGCCUCACCCCCAGAGGAUCGGGACGGGGCGCCAGGCGGGUAUCAGUCUGCUUUCACCCCGGCUAAGCGCCUCAAAGGCUGCCUGGAUGCAGAGGCUUCACCCCACCUGCGGUACUCCGACGCUGAGGGGAAAGAGUACGACUUUGGCGGCGCUCAGAUCCCUCCUGGAGGCUCGCCCAGCAGCGCCUUGAAAGCAGUAGAGGACAGUGGGAAAAAGAUCUUCGCCGUGUCGGGCCUCCUGUCUGAUCGAGAGACUUCCUCCAGCCCUGAGGACCGCAUUGAGCGCUAUGCCCAUCUGUGCCAUCUGAUGAAUACAGGUAAAAAGAAGAUGUCCCUGUAUGACAGCCAGGCUCCAGUCUGUCCCAUCUGCCAGGUGCUGCUCAGGCCCGGAGAGCUACAGGAACACAUGGAGACGGAGAUAGAGAGGCUAGCCAACAUAUGUCUCAGUAAGAACACCUCACCCAAGGAUUCAGCAGCCACUCCAGGAACCCCCAAGUCGAUGCUGUUGUCGGUGCACAUCAAACGCGAGGGAGAAUCUCCCGUGGUCUCGCCCCUGUCAUCGGAGGACGCCCACCACUCCGACAGAUACCAGACAUUUUUACGAGUGCGGGCAAACAGGCAAACGAGAUUGAAUGCCUCCGCUUGUCCAGCCCGCAUAGGCAAGAUGAAGAGGAGGAAGCCUGAGGAUGGGGGCCAGGUAUGUCCGCUGUGCAGCGCCCCCUUGGCUGGGAGCGAGGAGGAGAUGAGUAGACAUGUGGAACAAUGCCUGAUCCAGCGCGAAGGUGCGUUAGGCGAUGACGACUCUGCGGACAUGGAUGGAGAGAAUGGGCGGGGCUUCGAGGAGUACGAGUGGGCGGGGCAGAAGAGGAUCAGAGCUACAGCGUUGCUCGAAGGAGGCUUCAGAGGAACAGGUUUUGCCACGUGUAGUAUCAAGGAGAGCGCAGCCGACAGCGAUGCCGACCUUGACGUGGACGGAGACGACACUUUGGAGUACGGCAAAGCCCAGUACACCGAGGCCGAUAUCAUCCCCUGUUCUGGUGCUGGAGAGGACCAGGGAGAAGCCAGGGAGAGAGAAGCACUACGGGGCGCUGUACUCAAUGGCGGGAUGCCUUCUAACAGAAUAACGCCUGAAUUCUCCAAAUGGGCCAGUGAUGAGAUGCCUUCAACGAGCAACGGAGAGAGCAGCAAGACGGACCCCAGCACUCCCUCAUCUUCCUCCUCCUCCUGCUGCGUCCCACGUACCUGUAAAAACAGCGAGAUCGAAAAGGUAACGGAGGAGGAGUCCACGGCCACCACUAUGGAGGCUCUGAAGGCUCGAAUCAGAGAGCUGGAGAAGCAGAUACUGCGAGGAGACCGAUACAAGUGUCUCAUCUGCAUGAGGAAGCCUGCUAUCCAGUCAGGUGCGGAGAUCAAGAGCAUAGGGGCGUGGCCAGGGCCCCGGCCACUGGCCAAUGAGGUCGGAGAGAGGCAGCCUAAGUCCCUCCCCCUCGGCCUGUACUGCCUGUACAGGGGCCUUGUGAUUGGUGGCUACGGCAGCGGCAUAAAGAGGCUCCUCCCACAGCCCCUACGGAGGGACUCCUACACAAUGCCGCUCACUUCCAUCCAGUGCUGGCACGUCCAUUGUGAAGAAUGCUGGCUCAGGACUCUGGGGAACAAGAAGCUGUGCCCGCAGUGCAACACCAUCACCUCACCCGGAGACCUGAGGCGUGUCUACUUGUAAACAGCACAACCCCUGCCUCUUCGUCCCUCCAGUCCAUUCCUCCAUCUUGGAUUUCAUCUCCCUCCCCGUCGACCGUCAUUCGUUUCCUCUUUCUCGCGUGGCCUGAGUCAGUAGCUCCUGAGCCUCCAAGAGCAUUCAUAGACAAAAGAGGGGGCAGCAGCUUGAACAAAAGACUGAGCAGCACUUACUGACUCUCCGGCUGGCUGCCCCGUCACCUGCUCACAUGAAAAAAGAUAAAAUACGGAGCCCUCCAACCCCUCAGAUGGUCAACAGGCCUGUUUCCUCUGCCUCGCUGACAUGAUUCUUCUAGAUGUAAGGUGGGAAAGUGGACCUUCAGUCAGUGGAGACCCUCCCACGCCCAGCUACGCCCUGCUGAGACCUGGUAGCUUCACGCUGCUGGAGGUGCACCUGAAAGGAACUUCUUAACACAGAAUAUAAAAACUUCUUUUUUUUCUCCCCUGCUAGCUCUUCUUUGACAUUUCAGUGGUGCUGGACAGCAGGCUCUACCGUCAUGACUUGACAGAAAGCUUCUUUUGUUUUGUUUUUUGUUAUCUGUUGCAGAGAGAAAACUUCAUGCAACUGUUGCUUAAGAGAAUUUAAAAAAGGGCCUGUCCACUAAAACUGAGCUUUCAACCAAACUGAGAAUAACCUCACAACCUUGAAAAGGAGUUUGACACUCGCCCUCCUCCACCUCUUCUUCUUCUUCUUCUUCUCACGAGCCCUGUCCGCCCCCUCUUUCCCCUCUUUUGUGGUGUUCUAGUGAAGUAAACCAAAAUUUCUCCCCCCUCCAAGAUGCAGUGCAAGCACAUGUAAUAUAGUUCUAUGUAUGUUUACAAUGUUGGGUGUAAAUGACAUAGAGUUCAUACACAUGUACACACAAACACAGACAUUACCAUCCACUGACACACGCAGAAGUAUAUAAUAUCAAAGUCCUGUUUUUAGUUGGAAGGGUUUGGGAAUGAUGAUUAUGGGGGGGUAAAAAAAAAUGGCUGGAAUAAAAGAAGCCUUCUGUAUUUUUUAAAAAAGAAGAUCAUUUGAAGAUCCGUUGAAGUUUUAUUUGACUGUACAGGAAUUUAAAAAAAUUUAAGUAAUAAUAAUCUACUCGAGACUAGAUGGUCAAGAUUUAGGUGGUGUAACUUUUCUGCAGAGUACCCUGAAAAACUGUAGAUCUGAUCAUGAAGCGAGGACAGACGCUGUUAGUUUUUUGAAUGGAGAGAAUCCUAUUGCCCUGCAGAAAGAUGGAACUGCUCUUUAGUUGAAACAUUGUCCAGCUGAGCCUCUUCUUUUAACCUCCAACCCGAUGGAGUAACAACAUGCUCAGAUCAUAGUCUAGACACUUUUUUUUUCUUUACCCCUACAUGUCUCGAAAGAAAGCUUUUUUCCAUUCUUCCCAUACUGCUAUGCUGCAAAAAGAGGUCCCAAAACGGCAAACCCAAAGGGCAGGUUCUUUGUAAGCUAUAACAACUGAGGGAAGUCUCUGGAAAAGAAGGAUGGCCAAGGCUGAACUGGCAACCUCCAGAACCCGCAGCAUCCCCCCCCCCCCCCCCCCCCCUUCUCCCUUCCCUUUACGGCAGCAGCAUCAGCAGCCAAGGUGGUGGUGUGCUUUGUGUUUGUAAAACUAUGUAUUCUGUGAUGUCUGUAUUGUUGUAAGAAAUACUGAAAAAAGAAAAAAUAAAACUUCUCAAAUACCAUGAGUGGACCUGUUGACGCAGCCUGUGUGAUAAAAUAAGGCACGGUUCGUGAAGGGGAAGAAGACGGCCUUAAUGCAGGAGACACGUUCUGUUCAUGUGAUUUUUAAAAGAUUUUAUGUGCCAUCUCAGUGUCAGCAGUGUUUGCUCUCACAGAGGGGCUUUGGUGCUGGAGUUGGAUGUUGUUCAUCUCCAUUCACUGUUCAAUAAUGAAAAAAGGCCCACAAUUUAAACAUUCAGAGAUAAAUAAAUGGGAUUUUGGGAUCCUUUGGCUAAUUCUGGGGUAAAGUAAGCAUGAGUUGGUCAGCUUCGGUAGCUGAAGUCAUUUUUAUUUUAGCUUAAUUUCCUUUGUUUAGCUCACUAUGUAGUUAUAAGUCUUGGUAGGUUAAAUACUGGACUGAAACAAUGCUAAGCAGUGGCAUUCAUGUUACUGCAUUCCUCUGAAGUUGUUGAUUCGAACCUGCCCCAAAGAUUAGAAACUGCACAAGUGAAUUGUGUCAGAACUAAUUUGUGUCUUGUAUAUUCUUGGAAAUGAUACAUGUCUUUCCCGUUUGUAAACUACAUUUGACAUUAAUUAAAUAAUUGUAAAUCUCAA